GGGUGUCCUUCAGGAGUGGCCAAGUGUGACAGGAGCCGUGCAAAAACCAAAUAUGGUAUCCGCAGCUCUAGUGCUUCUCACGUUGUCAGUACUUGCAGUCCACGGGAAAGAAGUGUCUACAGACGGCCCUAUAAUUCCGCCAGGAUGUGAGGGAAGGACGCUCUGUGACAUUAAACCAGCUGAUUACCCACAGGAGGAGAUCGAUAAUUACUUGAUCAAUAACCCGGAUUUCCAUAAACGCCUAAAGAGGGAGUUUCUUGGUAAAAAUCUUAACCCGGUGUUGAUUGAAGAAGGGAGCGUAAAUGGGAACUGCAAAACAAAUGUGACGCUUACUGCACCAUACCAGCAGGUCAAUAAUCCAAGCAAGCUUCCCAAAGUAAUCGUGCAAUCUCAGUAUUACCAACAGAAAAUACAACAAGUCACAUGCGUCACAUCUUCGAAUGUUAAGAAAAACGAGAAUCAGUGCUUUGGCGAUUUAGUACAAAAUAAUAAGAGAACCCAGUGCAUACAAAAAACCCGAAAGCAUAGGCUAAUCGUAUAUGAUCGUGAAAAACAGAAAAUGGAAGAGAUUAAUGGAAUAAUUAAUGUAGAUUGCAUCUGUGAUGCGACAGAUGCGUACUAUCUACGGCAGCGGACCAGAGAAGACCUCCUAAGAAGAACGAAGAAGAGGAUCCAGGAAGCAGAAGAGCGAAGCCCUACGGACUCCGGCGGCCCUGCGGACACCGAGGAAGACUGCGGAGCUCUAAGCGGGCAUUCUCCGAACACGAAGCCCUACGGACUCCGGCGGACCUGCGGACACCGAGGAAGACUGCGGAGCUCUAAGCGGGCAUUCUCCGAACACGAAGCUCUACGGACUCCGGCAACCCUACGGACUCCGAGGAAGACUGCGAGCCCUAAGCGGGCAUUCUCCGAACAACUUCGGCGACGGGAGCUGGUUGCAGAGCUCCGGGAGCAGGUUGCAGAGCGUCGGAGCGGGUAG